GGGAAAGGGGGAAGGGUUUGGAAGCGACCGGGCAUUUUUCCUGUGAGCGGAAGGAGACGGACGGGCAAGAUGUCGCGGUCACACUGAAACACAGAAACAAUCAAAUCGAUGAAAAACCGCCGCGGAGCUUCAGCGCGAGGAAUCCGAAUCACAGACACACGCAGCCGGAGCGAUGCGAGCGAAGCGGCGCGGCUGAGCGUUGAAGAUGGGUGCCGUGAUACAGAGUCUCUUACUGUGUACUUUGUGUUUGCAGAUACGCGGCCUGCCGCUCCUCUUGUAUGCGAACCGGAGGGACUUGCGGCUGGUGGACGCGGCUCAGGGUCGAGGGAACGCCACGGUGGUGAUCGGCGGUUUGGAGGACGCGGCGGCGGUGGAUUACGUUUACGAGCAGGGACUGAUUUACUGGAGCGACGUGAGCGAGGAGGCCAUCAAACGGACGCUGUUUAACGGCUCGGCGCCCAGCGGGCUGCAGACCACGGUCGUGUCCGGUCUGGCCUCUCCGGACGGCCUGGCCUGCGACUGGAUGGGGAAUAAGCUCUACUGGACCGACUCGGAGACCAAUCGGAUCGAAGUGGCCGAGCUGGACGGGACGUACCGGAAAGUGUUGUUCUGGCAGGAUCUGGACCAGCCGAGAGCCGUCGCUCUGGAUCCGGCCCGAGGGUACAUGUAUUGGACGGAUUGGGGCGAGAUCCCGAAGAUCGAGCGCGCUGGGAUGGACGGCACUCAUCGCUCGGUCAUCAUCGACUCUGAGAUCUACUGGCCAAACGGACUGACCCUCGACUACGGCCAGCAGAAACUGUACUGGGCCGACGCCAAGUUCAACUUCAUCCACCGCUCCAACCUGGACGGCUCGGGCCGGGAGGUGGUGGUGAAGGGCUCUCUGCCGCACCCGUUUGCGCUGACGCUAUAUGAGGACACACUCUUCUGGACGGACUGGAACACACACUCCAUCCACGCCUGCCUCAAACACACGGGAGAGAACAGCCACGAGAUCCACACCAACAUCUUCUCACCCAUGGACGUACACGUCUACAGCCAGAAGCGGCAGCCACUGGAUGUGACGAGUCCCUGUGCACUGAAGAACGGAGGAUGUUCUCAUCUGUGUCUGCUGUCUCCGGUCAAACCGUAUUACCAGUGCACCUGUCCGACCGGCGUCCAGCUGCUGGACGACAAGACCUGCAGAGAUGGUGCCACUCAGCUGCUGCUUCUGGCGCGGCGCACAGACCUGCGGCGGAUCUCUCUGGACACACCCGACUUCACCGACAUUGUGCUGCAGACCGACGACAUCCGGCACGCCAUCGCCAUCGACUUCGACCCGGUGGAGGGACACAUCUACUGGACAGACGACGAGGUGCAGGCCAUCCGCAGGUCGUCUGUGGACGGCAGCGACGCUCAGUUCGUGGUGACCUCGCAGGUGAAUCAUCCGGACGGGAUCGCCGUGGACUGGAUCGCACGGAACCUGUACUGGACCGACACCGGCACGGACCGGAUCGAGGUGACGCGGCUGAACGGAACCAUGAGGAAGAUCCUGAUCUCGGAGGAGCUGGACGAGCCGAGGGCCAUCGCGCUGGACCCGGUCGCCGGGUACAUGUACUGGACGGACUGGGGUGAGGUGCCAAAGAUUGAGCGGGCGGCUCUGGACGGGACGGAGCGGCUGGUGCUGGUCAACACGUCUCUGGGCUGGCCCAACGGACUGGCGCUGGACUACAGCGAGAGGAAGAUCUACUGGGGAGACGCCAAGACUGACGUCAUCGAGGUGAUGGAGAUGGACGGAUCGGGCCGGAGGGUGUUGGUGGAUGAUAACCUGCCGCACAUCUUCGGCUUCACGCUGCUGGGCGACUACAUCUACUGGACGGACUGGCAGCGGCGCAGCAUCGAGCGCGUGCACAAGCGCAGCCUGGAGCGCGAGGUGAUCGUCGACCAGCUGCCUGACCUCAUGGGAAUCAAGGCCACAUACGUCCACCAGACCUUCGGUGUGAACCCGUGUGCGCACGCUAACGGCGGCUGCAGUCACCUGUGCCUCUAUAAGCCGCAGGGCGUGUCGUGCGCGUGUCCCAUCGGUCUGGAGCUCAUGGCCGAUCUGAGCACCUGCAUCGUCCCCGAGGCCUUCCUGCUGUUCUCCCGCCACACGGACAUCAGGCGCAUCUCGCUGGAGACCAACAACAACAACGUGGCCAUUCCACUCACCGGCGUCAAAGAGGCGUCCGCACUCGACUUCGACAUCACCGACAACCGCAUCUACUGGACCGAUAUAACACUGAAGACCAUCAGUCGUGCGUUCAUGAACGGCAGCGCUCUGGAGCACGUGGUGGAGUUCGGUCUGGACUAUCCCGAGGGAAUGGCUGUGGACUGGCUGGGCAAGAACCUGUACUGGGCCGACACCGGGACCAACCGCAUCGAGGUGGCCAAACUGGACGGACAGCACAGACAGGUGCUGGUGUGGAAGGAUCUGGACAGCCCUCGAGCGCUGGCACUGGACCCGGCUGAAGGCUUCAUGUACUGGACAGAGUGGGGUGGACGGCCGAAGAUUGACCGCUCAGCCAUGGACGGUUCUGAACGCAUCACUCUGGUGCCGAACGUGGGCCGUGCAAACGGACUGACCAUUGACUAUGCGGAGCGGCGGCUGUACUGGACGGACCUGGACACCACGCUGAUCGAGUCCUCCAACAUGCUGGGUCUGGAGCGCGAGGUGAUCGCUGACGAUCUGCCGCACCCGUUCGGACUCACGCAGUACCAGGACUACAUCUACUGGACCGAUUGGAGCCAGCGCAGCAUCGAACGGGCCAACAAGACCAGCGGGCAGAACCGCACCAUCAUACAGGGACACCUGGACUACGUCAUGGACAUCCUGGUGUUCCACUCGUCCAGACAGGGCGGCUGGAACGCCUGCGCCUCCACCAACGGUCACUGCUCGCACCUGUGUCUGGCCGUUCCUGUCAGCAGCUUCGUGUGCGGCUGCCCUGCGCACUACUCCCUCAACUACGACAACAAGACCUGCAGCGCGCCCACGUCCUUCCUGCUGUUCAGUCAGAAGACGGCCAUCAACCGCAUGGUCAUAGACGAGCUGCAGAGCCCCGACAUCAUCCUGCCCAUCCACAGCCUCCGAAACGUGCGCGCCAUCGACUACGACCCGCUCGACCGCCACCUGUACUGGAUCGACUCCAAGCAGAACGCCAUCCGCCGCGCGCACGAGGACGGGAACCAGAGCGUGACGGUGGUGUCCGGCGCCAUGGGCGGCCCCAACCUCGGCCUGCAGCCCUACGACCUCAGCAUCGACGUCUACAGCCGCUUCAUCUACUGGACCAGCGAAGUGACCAACGUCAUCAACGUGACGCGCACGGACGGAUCUCGGGUCGGCGUGGUGCUGCGCGGGGAACACGACAAACCGCGCGCCAUCGUGGUCAAUCCGGAGAGAGGGUACAUGUACUUCACGAAUCUGCAGGAGCGCUCCCCGAAGAUCGAGCGCGCCGCUCUGGACGGGACGGAGCGCGAGGUUCUGUUCUUCAGUAAUCUGGGCAAACCGGUCGCUCUGGCCGUCGACAACGAGCUGGGAAAACUCUUCUGGGUCGACAUGGACCUGAGGCGCAUCGAGAGCAGCGACCUGUCCGGAGCCAAUCGGAUCGUGAUCGAGGACUCCAACAUCCUGCAGCCGGUGGGUCUGACGGUGUUCGGGAACUUCCUGUACUGGAUCGACCGGCAGCAGCAGAUGAUCGAGCGCAUCAAUAAGGUCACGCGCGAGGGACGCACCAAGAUCCAGGCGCGCAUCGCCUCUCUGAGCGACAUCCACGCCGUCCACGAGCUCCACAUGACGAAUAAACACCCCUGCACGUCUGAUAACGGCGGCUGCUCGCACAUCUGCAUCGUGAAAGGAGACGGAACCACGCGCUGCUCGUGUCCCGUUCACCUGGUGCUGCUGCAGGACGAGCUCUCCUGCGGAGAGCCGCCCACGUGUUCUCCGGAGCAGUUCUCCUGUGCGUCUGGCGAGGUGGACUGCAUCCCGCAGGCCUGGCGCUGCGACGGCUUCGCCGAGUGUGACGACAGCAGCGACGAGCGCGACUGCCCCGUCUGCUCCGACGAGGAGUUCCAGUGCGACAGCAAGCAGUGCGUGGACCUUUCUCUGCGCUGCAACGGAGAGAUCAACUGCCAGGACCGAUCGGACGAGAACAAAUGUGAAGUUCACUGUCCCGUGGAUCAGUUCACCUGCGCCAACGGUCAGUGCAUCGGGCGGCACAAGAAGUGUGACCACAACAUGGACUGCACAGACAACUCGGAUGAGAUCGGCUGCUACGCCACAGAAGAGCCGUCCUUUCCUCCGACGAACACCAUCGGCUCGAUCGUGGGUGUGGUGAUGGUGCUGUUCGUGGUGGGCGCCGUGUAUUUCGUGUGCCAGCGUGUCCUGUGUCCUCAGAUGAAGGACGACGGCGAGACCAUGACCAAUGACUUCGUGGUGCACGGGCCGUCCUCGGUGCCGCUGGGAUACGUGCCUCACCCCGGCUCUCUGAGCGGCUCGCUGCCCGGCAUGUCUCGCGGGAAAUCGGUCAUCGGCUCGCUGAGCAUCAUGGGAGGCAGCAGCGGCCCGCCGUAUGACCGCGCACAUGUGACCGGAGCCUCGUCCAGCAGCUCCUCCAGCACCAAGGGCACUUACUUCCCUCCGAUCCUGAAUCCUCCUCCGUCUCCCGCUACAGUGAGGUCGCAGUACACGCUGGAGUUCGGAUACUCGUCGAACAGCCCGUCGACGCACCGGUCGUACAGCUACAGGCCGUACAGUUACCGUCACUUCGCCCCUCCGACGACGCCCUGCAGCACAGACGUGUGCGACAGCGACUACACGCCGGGCCGAAGGGCUCCGCACGCGUCCAGCGCCGCCGUCAAGGGCUACACCAGCGACCUGAACUACGACUCGGAGCCGCUGCCGCCGCCGCCCACGCCGCGCAGCCAGUACCUGUCUGCGGAGGAGAACUGUGAGAGCUGCCCGCCGUCGCCCUUCACCGAGCGCAGCU